UCAGCACCGUGUCCAGAAGGAAGAGUGUACAGCUCUGGCCAGUAUGAGUCGACCAUCGUGUCAGAGUUUGAUCUCGGUUGUGAGAACGCUUGGCAGAUGAGUACUUGUAAUACCGUGUUCUUUACUGGGAAAUUCUUAUCAAUCUUUCUCAGUGGAUGGCUGUCUGACAGGUUUGGUCGUCGUCCAGUUUUCUUGACCAGCAUUAGUAUUCAGGUGCUAUCUGGGAUAGCUCUGGCUUUUGCUCCAAACAUGCUUGUCUUCAGCACUCUGUACGUAAUACAAGGCGCGAGUGAUUCAAGCGCCUACCUCGCCAUGUACACGUUAGGUAUGGAAUUAGUAGGAGUCGGUAAAAGACGGAUACCUGCGAUGGGCAUAGGGAUAUUUUUUGGUUUGGGACAUAUAGUAAUGGCGUUCGAGGCUUAUCUUGUACGCAAUUGGCGUCACCUAGCCUUGGCAACCACUUCCCCUGGAGUUCUAUUUGUGUGUUUUUGGUGGUUUUUCCCUGAAUCAGUACGAUGGCUCCUAGCACGCGGUAGACAUGAGGAGGCGGAGGUGAUCAUAAAACGCGUUGCCAAGGUCAACAAAGCGAAGUUAGAGCAAGAGACUGUGGAUCGUCUGUUCAAAGAAGGCGAGGAGGAUCGCCGUGGGACAACAUAUACCCACAUUGAGCUGUUCAGGACCUUCAAGAGGACUCUUAUAACUUCGAUACUGGCUUUCAUCUGGUUGGUUAACGCGAUGUGCUAUUAUGGGUUAACUCUGAAUGCCAAGGGUCUGGGAGGUAGUCUAUAUCUCAGUUUUGCCCUACUUGGAGCAGCAGAUAUCCCAGGGCUAUUGGCAGCCGCCUUCUUCAUAGACAAAUUUGGGCGACGGAAGACGAUCUUUGUGACAAUCUGUCUGGGUGGCAGUCUUUGCAUAGCUUCUGGGCUCAUCCCUGAAAGUUUGUAUUUUGUGACGAUUACUCUUGCCGCACUGGGAAAGAUGCUGAUCACGCUGUCGCGCUCAGUUCUUUACAUGUUUAUAGUGGAGAGCUAUCCAACAGUGAUCAGGCACAUGGGUUUGAGUUUUUGUUCUUCGGUCUCUAGACUUGGCGCCGUAAUCACCCCUCAGAUUCUAAUCCUAGGUCGUAUGUACAGACCACUUCCUUUCAUUAUAUGGGGCGCAGUGGCCAUCUGCACAGGGUUCCUGAUUCUCCUGGUUCCUGAGACCCUGAACAAACCACUUUUGCAGACCAUGGAAGAAUGGGACGUCGUGCUCGACAGGAAAAUGUUGGGUUGCAAGGCUAAGAAGCAUAAAGAAGAGACCGGAGAGUCCAUUGUUACUACGGAUUGUUCAAAAGUGUGAUUGAGACAUCGCUUCAAAAGAUACAGUAUGGAAUACGGUCUGACCAAGCGUUUACAAAGCCACUACCUGCAC